AUGAGCGUCGCACCAACAAUUGAUAAAAAAGAAGGUGCCGUCGUGGAAGACGCGCUUCAUGCCUUCAGCCCGGAAGCCAUGCAACUUGUCAGGAGCAUCAUGUUUGCUUUGCCAGACUUCAACGCUGAGCUGUUGGAGCAACCUCGCGAGGUCAGCUACCAAGAGUACUUCAUGCGCUUUCAGUGCAAGUACGCUCAAGACCAAGACUUGUCCUUUAUGGACUUCUUCAAAAACAUCGCCCACACAGACUUCGUGAAGCAGUUUGUGGUGCCGUUCGAGAUGCUCGUCAAGCUCGGAGUGGUGUCCACCAAAACAAACAAGGUCAAGACCGUGAUUGAAACGCACCAUCUCGUUGAAGGCGUGGACUACAUUUCCAUCGAGACCGAAGUGGUCGACAGCAGCACGGGGCAGAAAGGCGUCCGCUACUUGCUGCGCCCCGGGGCGUUCAAGCGGCUGCUGAUGCGGAUCCGGAAAUACAAGGGCCAAGCGAAGGACCCAUCGGUUUACUGCGACUACUUCAUCCUCGUGGAGCAAGUCCACCAUAUGUACCUCGACUACGCCAGCAGGUUCAGGCUGCGAGACCUCGAGGCCAAGGAGGAAGCCAUCCAGCGGCUGACGCACGUGACCAAAUGCCUCCGGUCGCGGUUCGCGGAGGAAUCCACGCAAAGCAAGCUGACGGAGCGGCGGUUGGAAGACAAGAUCGACAAGCUGCAAAACGACAUCAAGGAGGUGGGCGAGCGAAAGGAGAUGCUGAAGGCCAGACUGGCCGAGGUCGAGGCCAAGUACCAAGAUAUCGCGAAAGAGCACGCCGUGCUGGCGACCGCGGUGGAAACCGUUAACGACUACGCGCUCGACGACGCCGCCCACCUCUGGUUCGCCAUCGUGAGCCGCACCGACGAGGCCGGCUCAAUCUGA